AUGAAGCUUCUUAUGACUGGCCUUUUGGCCAGUGCUGCCGUUGCAGCCGCCCAGGAACAACAGGUUCUUCAGGCAGAAGGCUCUGCACAGCAGCAGCCUGCGCCGUCCAUUUUUGACGAGACCCUCAAGCAGUUCGAGUCUGGCCUUGAGGAGGGCAUUACCCAUUUCUGGUCCGAGAUGAAGACCAACUUCAAGCACUAUCUCCCUCUUAUCUCUGUCCCCAAGGAGCACACUCGCCGUGCUGACUCCGAAUGGGACCAUGUCGUGCGUGGAGCCGAUGUCGAGAGCGUCUGGGUUCAGGGUGCCAAUGGGGAGAAGCACAGAGAGAUCGAUGGCAAGCUCCAGAGCUACGAUCUCCGAGUUAAGGCUGUCGACCCAGCUGAGCUUGGUAUCGACCCCGGUGUCAAGCAGUACAGCGGCUACCUUGAUGAUAACGAGACGGAUAAACAUCUCUUUUACUGGUUCUUUGAGUCUCGAAAUGACCCCAAGAACGACCCCGUCGUUCUCUGGCUGAACGGUGGUCCUGGAUGUUCUUCUCUGACCGGCUUGUUCCUCGAGCUGGGCCCUGCUACAAUCGACAAGAACCUCAAGAUCGUCCCCAACCCUUACUCCUGGAACUCCAAUGCAUCAGUCAUCUUCCUUGACCAGCCAGUCAAUGUUGGCUUCUCUUACAGUGGCUCGUCCGUUUCCGACACCGUCGCUGCCGGAAAGGACAUCUAUGCCCUUUUGACCCUGUUCUUCAAACAGUUCCCCGAAUAUGCCACUCAAGACUUCCACAUUUCUGGUGAAUCUUAUGCUGGACACUAUAUCCCGGUCUUUGCUUCCGAAAUUCUCUCCCACAAGAACACCAACAUCAAUCUCAAGUCCGUCCUCAUCGGCAACGGACUGACUGACCCUUUGACCCAGUACCCCCAGUACCGUCCUAUGGCCUGUGGUGAUGGUGGCUAUCCCGCUGUCUUGGACCAAGGCACCUGCCGGUCUAUGGACAACUCCCUCGAACGCUGUCUAUCCUUGAUUGAGACCUGCUACAGCUCUGAGUCUGCCUGGGUUUGCGUUCCAGCUGCCAUGUACUGCAACAGCGCCAUCAUUGGCCCUUACCAACAGACCGGCAUGAACCCUUAUGAUGUCCGCUCCAAAUGCGAGGAUAUGUCAUCUCUCUGCUAUCCUCAACUAAACACUAUUACCGAAUGGCUCAAUCAAAAGUCCGUCAUGAAGGCUCUGGGCGUAGAAGUAGAGUCUUAUGAGAGCUGCAACGGCGGUAUCAACCGUGACUUCCUCUUCCACGGUGACUGGAUGAAGCCUUACCACCGUCUUGUCCCGAGCCUGCUCGAGAAAAUCCCGGUCCUAAUCUAUGCUGGCGACGCCGAUUUCAUUUGCAACUGGCUCGGUAACCUGGCCUGGACCAACGCUCUUGAAUGGCCCGGCCACAAGAAGUUCGCCGAUGCCAAGAUGAACGACCUUAAGAUCGUGGACAACAAGAGCAAGGGUAAGAAGAUCGGCCAGGUCAAGUCCAGCGGCAACUUCACCUUCAUGCGUAUCUUCGGCGCCGGCCACAUGGUGCCACUCAACCAGCCCGAAGCCAGUUUGGAAUUUUUCAACCGCUGGCUCAGGGGUGAAUGGCGUUAG